GGCACCAGGAAGCCAGCGCCGGGCGGCCCUCCCUGACGCUCACCUUCAGUCUGCUGGAGGCGUUCAUCCCGGCCAAAGAGCCGAGGCCCGUGAGAGGACACAGCCUGCCUGUGGUCAGCGGCGGGGGCUGUUUCGGCCCUAAGUGUGGUGGCUGGAGCCCUCCAUGAAGAGGAGCAUGAUCAGGGUCCUAGUGAAGAGCCCUGAUAUUCACUGGAGCACUUGGCCUUUGCCGCGCUGGAUGACAUGAGUUGCUAAAAGUGAGCCUGGCUUUCAGGGUGCAGUGUGGGGGGCCCAGAGCCAUGUCGGACCUGCUACUACUUGGCCUGAUUGGGGGCCUGACUCUGCUACUGCUGCUGACACUGCUGGCUUUUGCCGGGUACUCAGGGCUGCUGGCUGGGGUGGCAGUGAGUGCUGGCUCACCCCCGAUCCGCAACAUCACUGUGGCCUACAAGUUCCACAUGGGGCCUUAUGGUGAGACUGGGCGGCUUUUCACUGAGAGCUGCAGCGUCUCCCCCAAGCUCCGUUCCAUCGCUGUCUACUAUGACAAUCCCCACAUGGUGCUCCCUGAGAAGUGCCGCUGUGCAGUAGGCAGUAUUCUGAGUGAAGGUGAGGAGUCACCCUCCCCUGAGCUCAUCCACCUCUACCAGAAAUUUGGCUUCAAGGUAUUCUCCUUCCCGGCACCCAGCCACGUGGUGACAGCCACCUUCCCGUACACCACUGCCCUAUCCAUCUGGCUGGCUACCCGCCGUGUCCAUCCUGCAUUGGACACCUACAUCAAGGAGCGGAAGCUGUGUGCCCACCCUCGGCUGGAGAUCUACCAGCAAGACCAGAUCUAUUUCAUGUGCCCACUGGCACGGCAGGGAGACUUCUAUGUGCCUGAGGUGAAGGAGACAGAGCGGAAAUGCCGGGGGCUUUUGGAGGCCAGUGACGCCCAAAUGGAUGGCACAGGAGCUGACACAAUGAGUGAAACGAGUUCUAUAAGCCUGGAGGUGAGCCCCGGAAGCCGUGAGACUUCAGUUGCCACACUGUCCCCUGGGGCCAGCAGCCAUGGCUGGGAUGAUGGUGACACCCGCAGCGAGCACAGCUACAGCGAGUCGGGUGCCAGUGGCUCAUCCUUUGAGGAGCUGGAUCUGGAGGGCGAGGGGCCCUUGGGAGAGCCACAGCUGGCCCCUGAGACUGAGCCCCUGGGGGCCACCAAGUGGCCACAGAAGCCCAGUAUCCCUGAGAAGGGCAAGGAGUAACCCAUGGCCUGCACCCUCCUGUGGUGCAGUUGCUAAGGAACUGAGCACUCUCCAGCCCUUUUCUUCCUUCACCUCCUGGCCCAGGCCAGGGCUGGGAGUGUCUGGGGGACCUGACAUCCCCCACCCCAGGCCUCUAGCUAAGCCUCUCCUCACUGCCCUUUUGGCUCCCAGGGCCAAAGGAGCCAGGGACUGUUUUCUGCACCAGCCCCCAGGGCUGCUGCCCCUGUUUUGUUUUUUUUUCAGGCUCACAUUGGAGCUUCCAGGACCCUGAAUAAAGCAAAUGAUUUUCUUGUUUCACCUGGA